CCCGCCGCCUGCCGCCCCCACGUCAGGAGAAGACCCCGGGGGGAGGCCGCCGCGGACUACGUUUCCCAGGUGACUGCGGGGCGGACGACACGCCCGCCUGCGUUUCCCGCCUCUGCGAGGGGGCUGCUGGGAGUUGUAGUGGGGGGGGGAGAAAGAAGAUGGCGUCCAAGAUACGGGUCGUGCUGCGGCCGGUGAAGAGUAUCGUGGUCCGCUUUUGCCCCUUCGAGUCCAACGUGGAGAGCACGAGAAAAUUUCUUGGAUGUAUAAACCAUAAAAAAAUCCAGGCCACCAAUAGAAACUGUGAAGUGACCGCUGAUGUAAGACAUGAUGGGUCUGAACCACUUGUAGAUGUUAUGUUUGUUGAUGGAGACCGAUUGAUAAUGAAGGGAGCCAACUUGACGACAAUAGAAAUGUUAACAGCAUUGGGGUCCAGAUGUAAUGCAAAAGAUCUUAAGGAAGAACAGAAAAGCAAGAAGAAGAGUCCCUGAAGAACAGUAAAACAACUGUGUUUGCAUUUACAUAUGUUAAAAACAGCAGGCUGCACAGAAGGCUGUUCCCCUAUGCAACAAAGUCUGAAAGAGAGAGACGGCCAAAACACUGACCAGUUUAACAUGCAGAAGAAUGAACCGUUUAAAUAUUCCCUGUCUUCACCUGAAGGAAAACAUAGUGGAUCAACAAAUCUUCUAACACUAGUGGGUCAGAGCGGCUUAAGAUGCAUGAAUGCAUCUUCUAAGCAGCUGCCUCUCACUCAUCUGCAUGUUGGACUAUUAUCACAUGUACUUGCAUAUAAAUGUGAAUAAUACACAUUAGCUAUUAAAUUAAUAUUACAGUGAA